AUGGACUUGCCUUCGAACACUAUCCAAACCGAGGAACAAGACCCACAGAACUGGAUCACAUACUGUGACGUACAUCGCCUUCCGUUGCUAGCCGAUGAAACAAGGCCAAUCUCCAUCGGAGAGAACGUUCUAUCCAAGGCCUCAGGCAGGUUUCUAUGGGCAGACUUGAUGUUCGAGAUCGUCAAACGGCAACCCACUACAUCUAAUAUCACUGCUUGCCUGGAGACUGCGCCGGAUGAUGCUAUGGAACUGGUUCCAUUGUUGUUGCAGGUCUACAGCAAUGUACUUACACGAGAAGAGCGUGAAGAGCUGUCUUGGAUCAUAUUACUCCUAACACACAACCAACACACUGGCCACACCUGCACCCUUGCAAGUCUCGAUCGCAUGUUGUUCGAGACCUCGCUGACCGGCCGCACGGGCACCUCUCUCGGUGAAAGAAUACGCGACAACUUCACUCCUCUGUUUGAUCUCGAACAAGAGGAUGGGAUCACUCUCAGUCAUCUCAAGAUCCACGAUCCUGCACGCGCUUUUGGGCUUACGUGCACACCUUCCACGACGACUGUUACUUUUGCGCACCCAUCGCUCACUGAGUAUUUUCUUCAACACCGCGACAAAUCUCUCAACGGGAGGGUGAAAGACGCCCCUGUCUUCAACAGCGCUGAGCUACAUUUUCGCCUACUACAGCAAUGCUUUCUUAGUUUCGCUGAGCCUCAAAGCGAACCUUUGACUGAAGCGGCCGAAGCGUUUCGGAAGUACGCCGCUACUCACUGGUACACCCACCUCGCAGGCACUUUACCGAGUGACAAUGUCGAAGCCCUGAAUCUUUCGGAAGACGACCGUGAAGAGAUGUUAGGGCCUCUUAACCAUUUCUUCAAAGAUGAGAAUAUCGUGCAGCACUGGUGUCAGCACCUACCAGCAACAUUCUUCAGCAGAGCCAGAUCUGAAGAUGUGGGCGAGUUGAAAAGUCUUUGCUAUUACCACUCAGACCCAGAAGCGUUCGAGUUUAUCAAACUUAGCGCCUUCAUGAGCUCCAAGAAGUGGCAGGACUUCUGGCUACCAGUAGCAAAGGUGCACGCUAAGAGGGGACUACAUGGCGACUGGGAUCGAAACCACUCACUCCAGGUAAUCUUCCACAUCAAGCACCUCGUCGAUACAGAAGAUGCGGUCGCAGAUAUCCGAGGAGAGUUGUCCCAGCAAGAGAUGACUGAGGCUGCAGAAUGGACCGAGUUGGAGUCGAAGACAGAUCCGCCUGAAUUCACCUUGAAAGAAGAGAGCUCAGGGUUUGAAGAGGAGGAGACAUUGUCUUCUGAGGCGACUCAGAGUAUCAUUGAGGCAUGA